AUGUGGAAGUUCCUGAUCUUCAUUGCGGCUGUGAUCGUCUGGCCGGCAUCGGCACAAGACCAUCAGGUGUACCUGACCACACAUGACAACUGGGCCUUCUAUAAGAUUCUUGUGGCUGGACAGAUGACCGAUGCUAACGUCAAGGCGACGUGCGAGGCGGCGGGGAUGAGGUAUCCGUGCCGAGAGUCAGGUACGAAUGGGUGUACCGUCUGGGGCUGGACCUCAGACUGCAUCGCGUAUGACAGUGUCGGUAACAGCUGUUAUACCCACUGGUUCCUCUCGAGUAAGCUGUGUGGAAUUGGAUUCCCUGACCACUGUCAGCCACUUGAUGACACCUUUGUGUACUCCCCUGGUCUGCAUGAUGACAGCGCUUUAGGAGUGGACUACGACACUCACAGCUGGGGCCUGUAUGGAACAGGCUACAACAACAUGUACGCCCUGUGUGCAGGUGGGGCUUCCAUAUAA